AUGUCAUUCUCCGUCGAAGGAAGAUCUGCUAUCGUAACUGGGGCGGGCUCGGGAAUUAACUUUGCCUUUGCCAAACUAUUGCUGGAGCAUGGAUGUAAUGUACUCAUUGCGGAUCUAGCGCUUCGUCCGGAGGCGCAGGAACUGGUGGAUAAAUACUCGACAUCGUCUAGUAGUCCCCGGGCCAUCUUUCAGAGGACCGACGUGACCGACUGGAAACAGCUUGAGCUGAUGUUCGAGGUCGCCGAGAAGGAGUUCGGGGAGAUCGAUGUAGUGUGUCCGGGAGCUGGGGUCUACGAACCGGUACAUAUCAACUUGACACAUCCGAUUCGCACUACGCAACUUGCUCUGGCUCAUUUCGUUCGCCGUCGGACAAACGGACGUCCGAAACACAUUGUUCAUAUCUCCAGCAUUGCAGGUCAGAAUCCAGCCUUGGCGGCUCCGAUUUAUGUCGCUACCAAACAUGGUAUCAACGGUCUUGUACGGUCGUUGGGCAAGCUUGACAGCAAAUUUGGAAUUCGCGUGACAGCCGUUGCCCCUGGUGUGAUAAAGACCCCAUUGUGGACCGACCAUCCGGAGAAGCUAAAGAUCGUUGAUACUGCCACUGAUGAAUGGGUCACCCCCGAGGAGGUAGCUCAAGUUAUGCUAGCUCUCAUUCAACAGGACCAGGUCAGUGAAAUUAUCGGUGACAGGACCGGUCAAGGACCACAGUUUCGGGUACACGGGGGAACUGUGCUGGAAGUGUCCAAGACGGUGCGCUCUCUUUUUUUCCGACGUCGUGUGGCCACCUUCUUAUCUAUUCACUCGAUCGCCCUACACAUUCCCCACAAAAUGUUGGACGAUGAGGCUACUGUCGGGGUUGGUCCCGCCGACGGACUUCGAAACGCAUCGCGAAGGCGUGGAAUAAGAGGGAAACGGGACCCGGGGUUUCACGGUCAAGCCAGCUGGAUUAGCUGUGUGAUCAAUCUGGUCAAUACGAUCAUCGGCGCCGGUGUUCUUGCUAUGCCUCUGGCUAUAUCUCAUAUGGGAAUCGUUUUGGGUGUCAUCGUGAUAUUAUGGUCUGGAACAACAGCAGGGUUCGGUCUCUACCUCCAGUCCCGGUGUGCGCAGUACCUAGAUAGGGGAACUGCGUCAUUCUUCGCCUUGUCCCAGCUUACCUACCCCAAUGCUGCCGUGAUAUUCGAUGCCGCCAUUGCGAUCAAGUGUUUCGGAGUUGGAGUCAGUUACCUAAUUAUCAUUGGAGACCUAAUGCCGGGAGUUGUUCAGGGCUUUGUUGGUGGCACCCCGGACUAUGACUUCUUGGUGGACCGGCAUUUCUGGGUCACAGCUUUUAUGUUGGUUGUGAUCCCACUCUCUUACCUUCGCCGGUUAGAUUCCCUCAAAUACACCAGCAUUGCUGCUUUGGUUUCCAUGGCCUAUUUGGUUGUUUUGGUUCUCUAUCACUUUGUGAUUGGUGAUACAAUGGCGGAUCGAGGCCCAGUUCGUGUGAUUCACUGGGCCGGUCCCGUUCCGAUGCUCAGCAGUCUGCCUGUGAUUGUCUUCGCAUUCACAUGUCACCAGAAUAUGUUUUCGAUAUUGAACGAGAUCGCAAACAAUAGCCACUUUAGAACGACUGGGGUUGUCUUUGCCAGUAUUGGAAGUUCUGCUGCAACAUACGUUCUUGUCGCCAUUACUGGAUAUCUGUCGUUUGGAGACAGUGUCGGGGGAAACAUCGUGGGCAUGUACCCCCCUGGGCUCUGGGCGACAAUUGGACGUGCUGCCAUCGUCAUGCUGGUUAUGUUCUCGUACCCCCUUCAAUGCCACCCGUGCCGCGCCUCGGUUGAUGCAGUUUUGAAGUGGAAACCUAAGGCUUCAAACAGCAACGAUAACUCGCCUCACCGCCAUCCUCUGCUAGGUCCACGAGGCAACCGAACACCCGAGCCCAUGAGUGAUCUUCGCUUCUCAGUCAUUACAACAACGAUCUUAGUACUGAGUUACAUUGUUGCUAUGACCGUCUCUUCUCUCGAAGCGGUGCUUGCGUACGUUGGUAGCACUGGAAGUACCAGCAUCAGUUUCAUUCUCCCGGGGCUGUUCUAUUAUAAGAUCUCCUCGCCCGACUCACCUGCCCACCAACGACUGAUGAAAGAAGAUGACGAAGCGGCUGAAGGCAUGUUCUCCGACGAUGGUGAUGACAACGAUGACCUAGAUAAUCAAGCCCGCUCGCUUACUGAGAGUGGUAUCCUUCGUCGUGGGACUCGCCAUUGGCGCAAGGCUGUACUGCGGAAGCUGAGUCUGGCACUCGCAAUAUACGGAGUCAUUGUCAUGAUUGUCUGUCUCAUCACCAACUCGCUCUUCAUUGCCUCACACUAG